UUUAUGCCUUACCCUGAUUUAGACGAUAAAUAUAUAUUUUUGUUUUUAAUACAUUUUAAGAUAUAGCCAAUUUCGUCGUUGUGACUGGUAAUUAGUGACAAUCUGGAGAACUUCUCCAGCAGCUGUUUUUUUUUGCUCCCUGCGCGGACGUGAUAGCGAGGCUGGGGGUCUAUUCAUUAAUCAGAUUCCGUUAAAAACGUUUCGUCUGUUGCAAAACGUUUUUCAACUGAAACCGUUUAGGCCUUAUCCAAGCGGAAAACGUUUUGGAACGAAAACGAGAGUUUAUAUUGAUCAAACUCAGGUUUCUCCCCGUUUCGUUGUGUUCGGUAUGCUUGCUUCCAUUUGGUUCCUAGAGUAAACGGUAAACUGUUUCUGCAACAGACGAAACGUUUUGCAACGGAAUCUGACUAAUGAAUAUACCCCAUGAAUCCCACAAUACCAGGCGAAUGAGUUUUUUUUCCGUGGCAGAGCUGGUUGUUUCAAACCUCAGUCAAAGCGAAAGCGAAGUCGCUAUGCGGGGAGAUGUAAGAUGGCAGAGCUGCAAAUGUUGUUAGAGGAAGAAAUUCCAGCCGGCAAAAGAGCUCUCGUAGAGAGUUACCAGAAUCUCACACAAGUAGCAGACUACUGUGAAAACAAUUAUGUUCAGGCCCAGGACAAGAGGAAAGCUCUGGAGGAGACCAAAGCCUACACCACCCAGUCCCUGGCCAGCGUGGCGUACCAGAUCAAUGCCUUAGCCAACAACGUGCUGCAGCUGCUGGACAUCCAGGCCUCACAGAUGUGCCGAAUGGAGUCCUCCAUCAAUCACAUCUCUCAGACGGUGGACAUCCACAAAGAGAAGGUGGCCAGGCGAGAGAUCGGGAUCCUCACCACCAACAAGAACACAUCGAGGACCCACAAGAUCGUCGCCCCCGGCAACAUAGAGCGGCCGGUGAGGUACAUCAGGAAGCCCAUCGACUACAACGUGUUGGACGACGUUGGCCAUGGGGUCAAGUGGCUCAAAGCCAAGCAUGGAAACAAUCAGCCAAUCAGAGGAGGAGGAGGAGGGGGAGGAGGAACACUAUCGAGGACCAAUCCGCCGACACAGAAACCUCCUAGCCCGCCUCCCAUGACAGGUACCAUGUCAGGGCGUGGAACUCUGGGACGCAGCACACCCUGUAAAACUCUGGAGCCGGUGAAACCACCCACAGUGCCAAACGACUAUAUGACCAGCCCUGCUCGACUAGGCAGCCAGCAGAGCCCCGGACGCACUGCAUCUCUCAACCAGAGACAAAGAACCUACAGUGGUAGUAGUGGGGGUAGUGGCAGCAGGGAGAACAGCGGGAGCAGCAGUAUUGGCAUUCCCAUGGCCGUGCCUACGCCCUCCAUUCCCAACUCUGGACCAGCGGUGGCCCCCGGGCCUGGUCUUGGCCCCAUCCCCAUGUCCCAGUUCGGCACCAUCUCGCGGCAGAUCUCACGGCACAACUCUACCACCUCUUCAGUCUCCAUGGUUUCGGCCACGGGCACCUACCGCCGGGCGCCGUCCGUCACCUCCCAGUUCUCCCUGCAGCAGCAGCAGAUACAGCAGCCGUACAUUAACGGGGGAACCUCAACCUACCCCCAGAACUCAACUGCCCCUCCUCCCCCCAUGCCCCAGCUGACUCCACAGAUACCUCUGACAGGCUUUGUGGCCAGGGUGCAGGAGAACAUUGCCGACACCCCUACUCCGCCUCCCCCUCCUCCGCCCGAUGACCUGCCCAUGUUUGAUGAAGCUCCUCCCCCUCCUCCACCGCCACCAGUUGACUACGAGGAAGAGGAAGCGGCUGUCGUUCAGUACAGCGACUCGUAUGCCGAUGGAGACCCCCAGUGGGCGCCCAAGAGCUACAUGCAGAAAGUGGUGGCCAUCUACGACUACACUGCGGAUAAAAACGAUGAGCUGAGCUUCAUGGAGGGAGCCAUCAUCUACAUCAUUAAGAAGAACGAUGAUGGCUGGUUCGAGGGAAUCAGUAGCGGAGUCACGGGCCUGUUCCCCGGCAACUACGUAGAGUCCAUCAUGCACUAAGCUGACUGGCGGGACUCUACUGCACUCUAUUGUGCUUCUACUACAGAUGCCUGACCUUACGAAGGAUAGGGAAGUGCUUUUAGAUGUGACAGAAUGUUUGGUCUCUUACUAAUUGCAAAUAAAUCAAAAUACAAAAUAUCUAUUUACUUUAUUUUGUUGGUGGUGUUGUGGGUUGAGGGGCAUAAAGUAUAUAAUGAAUGAAUAGGACAAUGCUGAUGAUGUACUCACAAGGGCUGUGACGUAGGGAUGUUUUCAAAGACCAAGGCAGUGGAGGCAGCUGAGGGGAACGACGGGCUCAUAACAAUAGGUGGAACGGAGCAAAUGGAAUGGCGUCUGAAAAACCUGGAAAACCAUGCGUUUGAUCCCGUUCCACUGAUUCCGCUCCAGCCUUUACCACAAGCCCAUUCUACCCAAUUAAGGUGACACCCACCUCCUUUUGAGACCAGGGUAACGUUAGCUGAAGGACAUCCUGCCUUUACGUGUUCUUCCUGUUUACAUAUGCGCGACAUAACAUCUGACUGUUCAUCUAUUGAACUACACAUUUCUCAUGCACUUAUGAAGUAUUAAUGUCUUUAUGAGUGUUAUCACGAGCUAUGUGGAGACGAUGUCUGUCAGACGGCAUGUAAUGCAUAUGUAAACAUUAGGCGAUCUUGUGUAGACCUUCAGUGGAAGUGCUACUUUCUGUUAAUUGUAUAUAAUGUGAGCUGCAGCCUGUUGGGUGUCUGUAGAGUAAAUUCAGUGACUGUCAAUCGCAGUAUCUCAAGCAGGCUACUUACCACACACAUUUACAUCACAUUUACAUUUAAGUCAUUUAGCAGACGCUCUUAUCCAGAGCGACUUACACACACAUGCAAAUGUCCUACAUAAUAUUCUGUUUGAUUUACUUACAUUUUUUAUUUUAUUUUACUUUUUUUGACAAUACAAAAACAACAAUAGACAACUCAACAUUUACAUACACAUUUUAACAAACAUGAAUGUCCUCCCCCUCAGUCAUCCCCUGGACGUCUCCCAAAACCUCAUAUAGCUUCAAACUGCCCUAUUCUGCCUCUCUCUGUUGCCCAAAUUGUUCAAUAUUUAGAUAAAGUGUUUAAAUCAAUUAAUCAAAUGCGUUAUUUUAUGAUUUGACAAUAAACUACAAAAGUUAUCAGAAGCCUGAUCCAUUUUGGAUAUUACAUUUUAAAUCUUAUUUUGCUUUUUAUGAAUAAAACCUUUUAUUUGUUUUAUUUCAGUCAUUCCUGAAGUCUGAGCGUAAAGCAAAAUCUAAUAAAAAUGUUUGUUUAAUUAUGCUUCCAUUUAGUUGUAAUACAUUCAAUUUAGGCUUAUUCAAUUGUCAUAGACACAAGGCAUUCUGGGACGACUUGGUUUUAUUUUCAAAAUGUUCUUAAGUUAUUUUUAAGAAUAUUCCAUUUACAUGAUAAAUUAUUUCAUCUGGUAACGCAGUGAAAAGCAACACCAUUAUGUCGUGACUCCUCAGUUUGUAAAUGACACCUUUUCACUAUUUCGAGUUCCACGUCCAUUUUAAGAAACGUUGUAGUACACGUCUAAUCUGAACAAAAUGAUUUAUCUGUAGGUAUUUUUUUGGGGGGGAUGAAAGUAUAUGUGAACAGUAUUAUGAUCCAUUGUUCUUCAUGCCGUUUUCGUGGGCUUAGUUUUCAAAACGGUUGUGUCAUGGUGUUAUUGGGGGAAAAAAGUUGCCAUUUGACUAUUCUGUGAUAAUGGUGAUCAAAAUGACAUCUCAGACCUCAGUCUUCACAUAGAUCAAAAGAAGAAGAAAAAAAACUAGAUCACAUCGCUUUAGAACAGUCAUAGUUUGGUUUUAUAACUCAGGUCUGUCUGGUUAAGUUCUUUCAUUUUGUCCAUACUCAUCUAUGGCUGUAGGCUCCGCCCCCUCCAUCUCUCAGGAAUUACGUUUGACUAUCGAUCCAUCCAUGACAAUUCAGGUUGGUGUUGUCAUUGGUUUGAUAAGGUUACAGUUCCUACAUGACACGUCUUUCCUGUCCAUCAACGCAGAAGUUCACUGCGUUUAACCCCUUCAGUAUAUAGCAGCUAAUGCCUUGUAUAUGUUGACUCUAACAAGUGUUCCAACUCAUUGGGAUGCCAUAUCAAAGCUCCGCCCUUAAUGUGUAUAUAUAUAUAUAUGUUUUUUUUUGUUGUAUGUACAGCCUUUUAUAAUAAAUAAUUAUCCUACAA